AUGAUCUCUCGUACUGGAUGGCGGUCCUCCCGUGCCUUUGUUACGCUGGUUGUUUCUGUUGCUAUUUUCACUGAUAUUUUCCUCUACGGACUGAUUGUACCCGUGCUACCCUUUGCCCUAAAGGUGCGAAUGGGUUUGCCAGAGAACGAUAUCCAACGCUGGGCCUCGACAUUUCUAGCUAUCUACGGAGCCUCGAUUUUUCUAGGUUCUUUACUCUUCGGCUGGAUAGGCGAUCACUCAAAGACAAGACAAGGCCCAUUCCUACUCGGCCUAGUCAUCGUAGGCGGCGCCACUCUCAUCACCGCCCUCACAACCUCCCUGCCUCUAUUUCUUCUAGCCCGAGUGCUACAGGGCCUCUCCACCUCCAGCAUCUUCACAAUUGGCUACAGCCUCCUCCUCGACACCGUCGGAACCAACCACAUCGGAAGCGCCUUGGGCUUCACCAACCUGGGCCUGAGUCUCGGGCUCUUUGCCGGGCCCAUCAUCGGCGGCUUCAUCUACGAUAUAGCCGGCUACGUGGCCGUCUUUGCCCCGGCAUUCGCACUCAUAAUCAUCGAGACAACCCUCUGCUUGCUCCUCAAGCCCCUACCACCCGGGUACAAACACCAUCCAUCAUCCGAACACCAUCCACCGCCCGAAGCAUCACCUCUACUACACGAUGGACAAUCCCAAUCCUCACCCCCAACCAUUCUCCUCCUCCUCCGCUCCCCCCGCUUCCUCGUCGCCAUGAUAGGCAUGUGCAUGCUCAACACCUUCAUGACAGCCCUCGAGGCCGUCCUCCCCGUCUACCUCCAGGGCCUCUUCCAUUACACAUCCAGCCAAAUCGCCCUUGUCUUCCUGUCCAGCUCCCUCCCCCUAAUGGUUCUUUCUCCUCUGGCCGGCUACUGCGUGGACAGAGUCGGUCCCUUCUGGCCCGCUGUUUCGGGCUUUGCGCUCGCAACCCCGAGCAUGAUGCUUCUGGGUGUGGUUCAGCAGAAUACGGCCCUGCAUUCGGUGCUUCUACGUGUUUUUCUGUUCCUGGCGACUGAGAGGCUGCAUCCGGGAGGUUGCGGUGCGUCUUCGCAGGCGUAUGGCCUGAGUAAUGCUGCUUUUGCGGCUGGGACGCUGGCGGGGCCGCUUUAUGCGGGGUAUAUUAGGGAGUGGGCU